AAGAUUAAAUGACAGACAGAUCACAAAUAUCCAUGAAGCAGCAAUUAAAAGCGCAUCUUCCUCCAUUUCUUGAUUUUAGGCACAUACAUACAUAAUAAAUAAUACGACAUGGACUGGACUUGACGGGUGGUCACGGAAGGCUGUUUUGCAAGUUUAAUUCUUUCUGGAGAUCAAAACCAGUUUUGAGCAACCAAAACGACUUUCUAGUACUGGAGUCUAUUAUCUAAAUAAUAUGCAAUUUUUGUUGAACUGGCAUUACAUAAAUUGACUGAAAAUAAAGUUUUGUGAUAAAUUUACCUAUAUUCACUUGUUCUCUGGAAUUUUUCUUGUACAGCGUAACAAACAUAUUUGCCAUACAAAUAUGCUUAUAAUAUAUGCAAAUAUGCAUAUUUCAGUCAGACGAUGUACCCAUGCAUAUAAAUAGUUAUAGAUAAUGCCAUAGAAUAUUGUGCAGUACUUACUUAGCAAACUUGGAUAAAUUAUAACGCAACAUGUUUGUUUAAUAAUGAUUAUUGCGAAAAAUAUUAUUUUUGAAUAAACUUAUAUUUUGUAUGCAUAUCUAAAAUUGGUCAUACACAGAAAUUCAUAGAGAUUUCCGUACUAACACACAAGCAGUGUGUAACAGGAGUAAUGGUUGGGAACUCUUCACAAGGUGCAUAGAGAAACCAAUAUCGAUUAUGAAAUUAGCACAACAAAAAACCCCAUAUGAAUGACCAUCAUCAUGUCGGCCAUACUAAACUUACCACGGUUUUAAACCUUAAUUUUGGCGAAAUUCAUAAAAUCGUGUCCUAACCUAACUGAAGGACAAUUAUAAACAAAAAACAAAGAGUAUUUCGACAUGACGGAUCUUGAAGGAAAACAAAUUCGUGUGGGCAUAGUAGGGACAUCAUGCAUAGGGAAAACUUGUAUGAUAAAGCGUUUUGUGGAAAAUUCAUUUCAUGGAAGCCAGUACAAUUCGACGCAGGGGGUUGACUUUUUUGCUCGAAGGAUGAGUCUCAAAACUGUCGGCACUGUGACUUUCAUCAUUGUGGACAUUGGAUCCAACGCCUUGAACUCAAAAAUGUUGCCCAUCUACAUCAAUGGAAUUGAGCUUUUUCUUCUCGCAUACGACAUGACCAACUCUAAUUCAUUGAAUGAAUUGAGAAAGUGGAUCACCGUCAUUGCAGCCUUUUCAGGAACCAGGAAUUAUGAACCUUCCGUUGCCCUGGUGGGGUUGAAAGGGGACUUGGAGCACUUGAGGGCAGUGAGACUAGAUGCUCACACCAGAUUUGCACAAGAACAUAAUAUUCCUCUGUCGUUUCUGUCGUCUGCGAAAUCUGGCGAAUCUGUUUUGACUUGUUUCCAAAAAUGUGGAAUUUACCAUUUGAAUCCUGAUGCGAAACAACGUGUUCGUGAACAUGCAAUUCUUCAAGCGAGUCUGCCUCCUUCGAAACGAGAAUCUUUGGUGGGAGGGGUGCCGCAUAACCACCCAGUCCUCCUUCCCCCUCCUCCUUCAAAAUCCGUCGCAGGGGGAACUUCAGUCCCAGAUCCAAAUUCCACCGUUUGUUCCUUACAAUAAACUAGCUUAUUUAUUCGCUACAAAUAAAAUCACUUAAAAAAAUAA